GUAGCCGGCAGGUGAGGCGGGUGGAGCAUCACACUCUCCCACCCGGGAGUUGCCUCUCCUGCUUCACCCUCCACUCUCCUCCACUCUACACUCAGUAAAUACAGCUGAGAGCACUGAAGGAAGGAUCACCACUUCACACGUUCCUGUGUUACUUACUGUGAGAGAGACAGCCAUGGCAGGGGCACUAAUCAAGAAGGGAUUUACUCACCUGAAGAGCAAGGAGUUUAGGGACUAUUUAAUGAGCACACACUUUUGGGGACCAGUUGCAAAUUGGGGAAUUCCAUUAGCGGCCAUUGCUGAUACUAGAAAACCUCCAGAAAUUAUUAGUGGAAAAAUGACAUUGGCUCUCUGCUUGUACUCUGCAAUUUUUAUGAGAUUUGCCAUCAAGGUGCAGCCAAGAAACCUUUUACUCUUCAGCUGCCAUUUCACUAAUGAAACUGCUCAAAUAAUACAGGGCUGCCGUUUGUUAAAUUAUGAGUACCAGGAAAGAAAGAAAGUUGCAGAGGAAGCCUCUGCUGUGGUUGAAGAUGCCACCUAAAUGUAGUAUUAAAAAUAUUUUAGAAGAUUGCGACAUUAAGAAUCCUUUUAAAUUAUAAUUGUUUAUGCAAGUUAUUGCUUUUGAAGAAAUUUUAAUCAGAUUAAUAAUUCUGUUCUGUAAUUAAACCAUAGUUUAUUUUUUAUUAAAUACAACUUAUACAAUAUAG